GUCAUCUUUAGCAUCUGUCAAACGUCAACGCUCGUUUUUUAACGAAUUUAUUUUACAUUUAAGUCCUAAAAAACCAAUAAAAACCUCUUAAAAUCAAUAAUUAUGGCUACCUCGAAAACGACAAAUACGUACAACAGACAAAAUUGGGAAGAUUCGGAUUUCCCAAUUUUAUGCCAAACAUGUUUGGGGGAUAAUCCUUUUAUUCGAAUGACAAAAGAAAAAUACGGAAAAGAAUGUAAAAUUUGUUCGAGACCGUUCACGGUGUUCCGGUGGUGUCCUGGUGCUAGGAUGAGAUUUAAGAAGACGGAGGUUUGUCAAACAUGCAGUAAAUUAAAGAACGUAUGCCAAACGUGUUUGUUGGAUUUGGAAUAUGGGCUUCCAAUUCAAGUAAGAGACGCUGCGUUAAAAAUGAAGGAUGAAUUACCAAAAAGUGAUGUUAACAAGGAAUAUUAUAUACAAAAUAUGGAAAAUGAAUUAACAAAAUCGGAUUCUGGAAGUUUAGUUGGAAAUAAAGUAAAUGAACCAAACGAGUUAUUAAUGCGUUUAGCACGUACAGCGCCGUAUUAUAAAAGAAAUCGCCCCCAUGUUUGUUCAUUUUGGGUUAAAGGCGAAUGUAGAAGAGGUGAAGAGUGUCCGUAUCGUCACGAAAAACCAACCGAUCCUGAUGAUCCCUUGGCGGAUCAAAAUAUUAGAGAUCGUUAUUAUGGAGUUAAUGAUCCUGUUGCUGAUAAGUUAUUGAAAAGAGCUGCGGCUAUGCCGGCUUUACCACCGCCGGAUGAUCGUACAAUCACUACUUUAUAUAUUGGUAAUAUUGGAACUUUAACCGAGCAAGAUUUAAGAGAUCAUUUUUAUCAAUACGGAGAAAUUCGCUCGUUAAGUUUAGUCCCAAAACAACAAUGCGCAUUUGUGCAAUACACAACUAGAGUUGCUGCUGAAACUGCUGCAGAAAAAACGUUUAAUAAAUUAAUUUUGGGUGGGCGAAGAUUAACAAUAAAGUGGGGGCGUUCCCAGGGAAGGAUUGGGGGUGGAGUUGUUGCUGGAAAUUUAGAAGCUUACGAACCAGUUCCUGGUUUACCUGGUGCUUUACCUGAAUUAAGCAACAAUUUCUUCAAUUUGGAUAUUCCAUUACCAAAUAUGCCACCACCGUCUUCUUUAUUAGUUCCACCUAUGUUUCCACCACCCCCAAUGCCACCUUUCUUCUUUAACCCACCGCAAUUACCGCAGUUUACAGCGGACGUUGGUAAUAGAAAUGUCGCUUCUACUUCUACGGCGGCAUCAACAGUCGUUAGUAGCGAUAAUGUGACCAGUAAACCAAUUGUGCAUUAUCCCAGUCAAGAUCCAGCAAGAUUAGGAGCUACUCAAUUACAUGGAGAAAAUUAAUUUUUCUUUUUUAAUUUAUUAUAAGGAAUUAAUUUAGUAUGAAUAUGUUAAAAUAAGAUU